UUCAUCGACGAGUUCUCUUCAAUUCGCUGAGUUUGCAGAGUUCAACAGAGUUCAAUAGCAUGGGUGUCGAACGGUUGGAAAACGCCAAUCCACAAAUCUUCACGGUUAAAUCGCGAGAGCGAGCCAACACUUCAGACUUGAUGGAUGAAUCCGUCGAAGAUCCUAUCGAUGCUUUGGAAGUAUUCGAACUUAUUCGAGACAUUAAUGAUCCGGAACAUCCUUAUACUCUGGAGCAGUUGAAUGUGGUUCAAGAAGACCUGAUAAAAGUACAUAAAGACAACAACCAUACGUACGUUGACGUGCAGUUCACACCAACUAUACCUCACUGCAGUAUGGCUACUUUGAUUGGACUUGCUAUUAGAGUGAAGUUAGGUCGUUCUCUCCAUCCAAGGAUCAAAGUUCGCGUUUCCAUCACAGAGGGAUCACAUAACACAGAAGAAGCCAUAAACCGACAGCUUGCCGAUAAAGAGAGAGUUGCAGCUGCUAUGGAGAACUCCAACCUGAUGCACGCAGUCAAUCAGUGUUUAGCAAUGCCAGAAUGGCGUGCAUAGUGAACAAAUUUUGGUUACCAAGUACCUCAAGUUGCCGUUUCUUUGCUUCAAAAGCGAAAUCAAAUACGGCGAAGUAUCUUCGAAGGCAGAUGACAGAUGAGUUUGCUAUCAAAGCCCGUGAGCACUCCUACAGAGCAAGAUCAGCAUUCAAACUCAUUGAAAUUGACGACCGAUUUGAGCUUCUGAAACCUGGUAUGACAGUAUUGGAUGUCGGAUGUGCUCCCGGCUCUUGGUGUCAAGUUGUUUUGGAAAGAUGUAAGGUAGGAGGUUCCAGUCCUGGUUAUCUACUUGGUGUCGAUCUACAGGUCGUUGCUCCUAUACCUGGUGCUGACAUCAUAUCCAUGUCGGACGUGACUGCUCCUUCGACUCAGAAGUUAAUCUCGGAGAAACUGGGAGGUCGGACUGUAGAUGUAGUGCUGAGCGACAUGGCUCCUAAUCCAUCAGGAGACUCGGCUACGGACCAUCUUCGGCUUACAAAUCUUUGUCGUACGGUAUUCCAUCUAUUCGCACCUCCAUCUGGUAAGCAGCCACUCUUUCCACUUUCGUCGGAUGGGAAAUUCUUGUGUAAAAUGUGGGACGGUACCGAGAAGAAAGCGUUCUUGAUGGAGCUAUUGCAGUACUUUCGUCAAGUCAGAACAUUAAAGCCAAAGUCAAGUCGAGACUCAAGUGCUGAGCUCUAUUUAUUAUGUACGGGUAGAAAUAAACCUUA